UUCCCGAUCGUGAAAUGCGAUUGGUGCACAGAGCUGUCAAUCAACAUAAUAAUCCCGCCCUAAUGCGCGAUGCCUUGAUGGAAGAGUGACAGACCUCAGUCUCAUCUGACGUGCGUCUGCAUUCAACACACUUUGGAAAUACAAAGUUCUGUCAUGAAAUGGCGAUGGCACAGGCUGAUUGGUCCUCAACUCAAUUGGUUAGCAAGCGAUGACAUCAUUAUCUACAUAGAGCAGCUGAUUGGUUGCUGAGGUUCGCCGCUUGCUCCACCCUCCCCAGCUCCACCUGUAUAGAUCUACUACAGGGUGCUGAGGUUUGUUGCUGUGUGUGUGUGGUGAGGUGAAGUCAUGCCGCUGGUCAAGAGAAACAUCGAGCCAAAGCAUCUGAGCAGAGGAGCUUUACCUGAGACCAUCAGCAAUGAGCUGGAGUGUGUGACCAACAAUACACUCUCUUCCAUCAUACGCCAACUCAGCAGCCUCAGUAAACAUGCCGAGGACGUGUUUGGUGAGCUCUUUAAUGAAGCCAAUACAUUCUACCUGCGUGCUAAUUCUCUACAGGACCGCGUAGACCGACUUGCAAUCAAGGUCACUGAGUUGGACUCUAGUGUGGAGGAAGUAUUACUUCAGGACAUUAACAUGCGGAAAGCCUUCAAGAGUUCUACUGUUCAAGACCAGCAGGCGGUGACAAAGAGCAGCACUCCAAACCCCAUCACAGAGAUGUACAACACCAGCGACAAACCACCACCUCUGAACAUACUGUCUGCCUACAGGGAUGACCAUAUUGAUGGAAUUAAGUUCUACACAGACCCCUCAUAUUUCUUUGACUUGUGGAAGGAGAAAAUGCUUCAAGACACAGAAGACAAGAGAAAAGAGAAGAGGAAAUAUAGGGAGCAGAAGCGGGGAGUCGAUGGGACGUUGCCUCGUGAGGUGAAGAAGGUUCGUAAGGCUCAUAACCGCAGACAGGAAUGGAACAUGAUGGCUUUUGAUAAAGAGCUACGGCCGGACCGUCGUCAUCAUCAUCAUCAUCACACACUUCGCAGGGGUGUAUCGUCUGAGGGCUCGCUGUCUCCAGAGUACAGACAACAUCCAAACAACUCCGACUACCCAGUCCCAGCAUGCCACGCUCCAGCCCGAGCUCAUCCCGUGGACACAGCAUCAUGGAGUGCUAAUGGAGGGGUUGAGCACGAGUACCACAGCAUCGGCGGGCCUGCAGGGGUAACUGUGGCUGCUGAUGGAGGUUACAGAGGGGCUUUACUCGCUCGAACACAUCCGGCUCCUCCACAGUCCCUGCCCCGGGAAAACGGGGUCAAUGGAGCCCACAUGCUUCCACCAACAGACUACGGUAUGAUGGAGUACUAUGCCAGUUCAGGCCCACCGCCGCCUCCACUGGCUCUCCUCAUUCCCUCUGCACAGACGGCGUUUGCCUCGCCUCCAGCUACUCCUCAUCUUGGACCAAUCACAUCAUCCCUACGGUGUCCUCUUCCACCUGUCCCACCUCCCGGACCGGUUUCAGCUUCGGCUCCUUCAGGUCCUCCUCCUCCUCCAGCGCCGCCUCCUCAUCCCGGUGCACUCGGAGAGGGACGGAGACGCAGUCUGAAGCCCGUCGCAGACGCUCGCAGUGACCUGCUCUCAGCAAUACGCAUGGGAAUCCAACUAAAGAAAGUACAGGAGCAACAGGAACAGCAGGCUAAAAGAGAGCCGGUGGGGAAUGACGUGGCCACUAUACUCUCUCGCCGCAUAGCCGUGGAGUACAGCGACUCAGAAGACGACUCAGAGCUUGAUGAGAAUGAAUGGUCUGACUGAUUAUGGUCAGCCACACACACAAUGGCUGAAUAGAGACCUUCCUUGUAAAUAAAUACGUUCACCUUCAGACACCCACAUAUAGUUGAUUAUUAACUCUUUCCCCGCCAAUGACACGACGCUUUCUUGCCGAUGACUGAAUUUUACAGCAGUCCAUACAGGGCGCUAUUACAAAAUAUCUGAAUCAAAACACAGAUGAACAAAAAGCAGAAACAAUAAAAAAGAUAAAGCGAUCAUCAAACAUUAAACUGCAUAAUUUCGACCCAGGAUGAGGUAUAGUGUGAAGCUUUGGGGGUGUAGAUGGACUCGAUAAUUUUUUUGAUCAUUUUCUCAGCUUUUUUUUUAGAUAGAUUGUAUAGACAUACAAUAAAAUAUUCUGGAGGCCGUGAACAUUUUGUGAAAAUUAUCCAAAAUUCCUGGCAACUUUUCUUUUUAAAACAACCUGGCGGGGAAAGAGUUAAGAAUGAUGUCAAUUUCUUAAAGAAUGCUAUAUAAUAUAGAGGGAAGCACAUUUUUUUGUACAGAAAAUAUAAAUUAUUCUAUUAAUUAAACUAUUAGCAAAUCAA